AUGAUCACCGCUACGUUCCCUCUUGGAGAUGACAAUGUUGUUGAUAGUGAAGAAACAAAUAUUUUAAUUAAUACAUUUGAAAAUGUUCAAAAACCGGAUGCCGAAUUACGUACCCAAAUAGCUACUCAACUUAAUAUGUCAUCGAGAGCUAUUCAAGUUUGGUUUCAAAAUCGUAGAGCUAAAGUAAAGCGUGAUGCUUUGGAAUCUAAAAAUGCUGUUAAGAUAAAUAAACCAAAGAAAUUAACUUUAUCGACAGAUUAUUAUCGAGAGAAAAAAUCAACAAAAUCUCAAAGAAUUCAAAGUUUUACAAAUAUUUCUUUAAACUCUUCUCGCAAAGAAAUUCCUAUUGUACCUAAUAAUACUCAAGAUUCCAGAAGUUCUAUGGGUUCCAUUUCCUUAUUUCCUUUAUUUCCAUCUUCACCUCCACCUCCUUCUUCCACUAUUAAAUUCAAAAAUUUAUCAAUACGUGCUCCAAGUUCUUCACUUGAGUCAACUCCUCCAUAUUUAAGAGAAAGAAGACUAGUUAUUCCUCCUUAUGAUGAUAGUUUAGAGGAAAAUCCAGAAAAUCCUUUUGCUCGAGAAGAAAUCAUUUUUCAGGCAAUGUCAGAAUCUGAUAUUUCGUCUUCAAAUUUAACUCCUAAAUCACCAGGUUUCAUUUGGAGAAAUUUAACUGGAAAUGAAAAUGGUCCUUUCUUAGAGACAAUUGUAGGUGUUGAUCGUGAAGAGAAUAAAGAUAUAUCAACUGAUAAUAAGGGAGAUGGAAGUAAAACGGAAAUAUUUACAAUGGAUGAUUUAAAGAAAUUAAUUGCAUUAGAAGUAAGUAAUUUAUAUAAAGAAACAAUUGGUACAUCAUCAAUUGGUCCUACACCGGAACAUCUUCGAACAAUGAUUUCACAUGAAGUUAAAAAAGAAAUAUCAUCACAAAGAGCAGAUGCUCCAAGAUUAAGAGGUAAAUAUACAGCAGAAGAAAUUAUGGAAAUUAUACGUAAGGAAGCGAGAAAGAUAGUUUCCGAUGAAUUAUUAGUAUUUUCACAAGAUAAAUUAAAUGUACCAGAUUUUGCUUUACAUUCUGGUGGAGCAAAAGUUAUUAGUCGAUAUACAAGUAAAACAUAUGAAGUUUGGCCAGAUAAAUGGUAUCAUCGAUUUUUCGCUCAAAUAUCUGGUCAAGGAGUAUUAAAAGGAAAACCACCAGUUACGGCCAUAUCACCUGAUACAAAUGUAGGACAUUGUUGGCCAUUUUUUGGAACUCGAGGACAAUUAGCAAUAUUACUUAAUAGACGUGUUCAUGUUACCGCAGUUACUUAUGAUCAUGUAAGUAAACAUGUAGCGGUAGAAGUUGAAAGUGCACCAAAAGAAUUUGAAGUAUGGGGAAUAAUUGAAGGAGGUAAAGAAGAAUGUGGAAUACGUGAAGAUGGUCAAUAUGAAGAAAUUGUAUCUGAAGGAGAACUUAGACUUGGAUUAUCACCGUUUCAUCUCUUCUUGGGACGUUUUACUUAUAAUAUUAAUGGAAAACCAGUACAAACAUUUGAAAUCCCUCCAGAAAUUCUUAAAAAGAAUAAACCCGUGAGAGUAAUUAUUAUGAAGGUUUUAAAUAAUUGGGGAAGACCAAGUUAUACUUGUUUAUAUCGAUUUAGAGUUCACGGUGAACCUGUUGAUAAAUCUGAGAUAUAG